UCAACCUCCGCCUCGACGCCGCCGUCGUCUGCCCCGUCACCUCAUAUAGCUUCCCUGAAGCUCUCCGACGAAGAAAUCCCUGACGUCGACAAGGCCUUGGCUGUCGAUCUCAAAGCCCAGGCCAACAUUGCCUUCACCAGUCCGUCAACUUUUUUCCGUCCCCCGUGUCCAGCUGAUCAUUUCGACGCGGAAAUGAAACCCUUUUUCAUUAAUUUUGCCUUUCAUUUUCAUCUCAAGGCCAUGAUUUCACUGCUGCUGCUCGUCUGUACACGGAGGCUAUCGACAAGAACCCUCAUGAACCUACGUUGUGGUGUAAUAGGGCCUAUGCUAGGAUGAAACUCGAGGAGUUUGGGUACGCGUUGACGGACGCCUCCCAUGCCAUCCAAUUGGAUCCCAAAUACGCAAAAGCGUACUACAGACGAGCAACAUGCUACCUGCAAAUCCUCCAGCCCCAAAAAGCCGUCCCCGAUUUCCGCAAAGUCAUCGCUCUAGAACCCAAAAAUGAAACUGUCCGUGCGCAGAUGGUCUCUACGCAGAAGCUUAUAAGGAAGAUCGAAUUUGAAAAGGCCAUCGAGGUAGAAGGGGAGAAGAGCCCCAUCGAGAGAUGCUACGAAAUCAUAGCUGAGGGCGGGUGCGACGUUGAGACGACAUACAGUGGUCCAAAGCUCCCAUUGACUGACGGGAAAUACGGUAUCACGCCCAGCUUUAUCAAAGAUAUGGUAGAAUGGUUCAGAAAUGGCAAAAACCUUCCGAAACGGUAUGUAUGGGAGAUCGUCCUUGGCGCCUACAAUCACUUCCAGGCCGAAUCAACAAUGUUAGAGGUAGCGCUGGAAGAGGGCGUUACUUGUGACGUUAUUGGUGAUGUUCACGGUCAGUUUUACGAUAUGCUUCAUCUGUAUUCGAUGACGGGAGAACCGAAUGAGAAACACUACCUCCUCAUGAAUGGAGACCUUGUCGAUCGGGGAUCGUGGUCAAUAGAGGUUAUAUUAACAGCGUUUGCGUACAAGUGGUUGUACCCGAAAUACAUGUUCAUCAACAGAGGGAACCAUGAAGCAAAGGAGAUGAAUCGUACGUAUGGGUUUGAAGGCGAGGCUAAGCACAAACACGGCGAACAGUCGUAUAAGCUUUUGGCACAUGCUUUUACUGCCCUGCCCUUGGCAACGUUACUCAGUGCAAGUAAGCCGCCUGCGAAGAAGGAUAACUCAAUCUUGACGGAUGACGGGAGGAAACGCUACUUUGUCGUGCAUGGUGGGCUGUUUAGUAAAGACGAUGUCUCCCUGGAGGAUGUCAAAAAUAUCGACCGUAUUGGGCGACAGCCUGGUCAGGAAGGGUUAAUGUGUUUGUCUUCUCCGCCUUGUUACUACCCUCUUUUAUGGACUGACCCUCAAGUCAUGCCCGGCCGCGGGCCUAGUAAACGUGGUGUCGGUAUAGCAUUUGGUCCUGAUGUAACAAGAAGAUGGUGUCAGUUCAAUAAAGUCACGGGUAUUAUCCGUAGCCAUGAAGUCCGCCAAGACGGGUACGAAAUUGAACAUGGGGGAUUAUGUACGACGGUUUUUUCUGCGCCCAAUUACGUGGAUCAGGCUGGAAACAAGGGGGCUUUUAUUCGGAUUGAUUCGUCUGGUGCUCAAAACUAUUUCCAGUUUGAUGCCAGUCCACAUCCUGCAAUGAAACCUAUGGCUUACGUGCAAGGAGGCCUUGGGAGUCUGAUGAUGUAGCCGCAAUUGUAUCUAUUUUAUACAACGUUGAACCUUGGGUGCAUUCAAGGAAGGAAGAAUUGGAAGACGACAAGAAAG